GACGCCAACCGCCGGGAGCGACCGCCGCCGACCAGCGGCCUGGACCUGGUGGUAGAGCUCGCCGUCAGUGACGAGGUGGCCGCAGCAGCGGCGCUGUCAGAGCAUCGACCGGGUGCCCGAGCAGCCCGACUCGGGCACCUGCCAGUCGGCCAGCGACGACCACGUCACGCUGGCCGGCAAGCUGUUCAGCUACGGCCGACUCCGCGAGCCGCUGAUCGAGUUCUACAGCGAGCGGGGCGUGUACCACACGGUGGACGCCGAGGACCUGGCCUCGGUGGAGACGCAGCUGGAGAAGCUGAUCGGCGCCAGCCGGGCCAAACAGCGCGAGGAGCACCGUCUGGCCGAGCGGCGCGCCGCCCAGCUGGCAGCCGCAGAGAACGAGCCGGACUCUGAGCCCGAGCCGGAACCGGAGCCGGAGCCGAGCCAGACUCCGGGAAGGGAAGAGGCAAGGGCAAGUCGCCCAAGGGCGGGAAGAACAGCGGCGACAAGGGGAAGAAGGGUAAAGGAAAGGGUAAAGGUGACUCCGAACCGGCGCCGCCAGCAGCGGAGGACCUGCCGCAGAUUCCGGCACCACCGCCCAUGCCGACCCGGGCGAGAUGGGCUACUACUUCGUGGAUGCACCGGUACCGGAGGGCGUCGCACAAUACCUGGCAUUACUCUGGCAACAAACUGAAAGGAAUUACACCGAGAACCUGAAGCAGUGGCUGGGGCGGCUGAGGCUCGAGCAUGCCGCCGUGAUCCAACACCUGCAUGCCAUCACGGUAUCGUUCACGCCUUCCUGCUGCGUCCGGAUCACAAACAGCAGUUCCUCGACAGGUUUGUGACUGAGUAUAACCAGAUGAAGGAAGCGCUGCAGAGAGACGAGGAGGUCAAGUGCGAGUGGCACUGCGCAUCCAGGAGCUGGAGAGCACCAUCUGGAACAUCACCGACACUCGCGCUGCGAGGCCGAGCAGGAGCGCUACACAGCCAUGACCUCCGGCUGGAUCGAGGACAGGCUGGCGCUGUCGGCCAACAACUGGCUGAUGGUGAUGCAGAGUGAGAUGGACCGCUUCCAGGACACUUGCAUGGUACUGGAGGACUACUACGUCAGCAUGAGCGGCGCGCAGCUCCCUGAGAGCAGCGGACGCGUGCAUGGAUUCAAGCAAGCGAUGAUCGAGAUUCCAAGCCGGGAGCCGGCGGACCGGUCGGGUGCCUCGUCUGCCGGCAGUGACCGUCACUCAGGGAGCCGCAGCAGCAGCUCCGCCCGGCCGCUGCGCCGCGGAGGGGGCGGCAAGGGAGCGGACGGGCCAGGCAGCUCCGGCAGCGCCAUCCUGACCACCAUCAACCUGCCCCAGCUGCGGCCCCGGUGGCAGUUCGUCAGGGGCAAGAACCAGGCGGACGAGGUGACCACAGCCGUGGAGGGCGUCAUCGACUCGGCCUGCAGGUCCAUGCUGUCGUUUGUGCACGAUACUAAGGAAAAAGGUGAUGUGAGGGUGAGGCAAGCGCUGCUGCGGUUGAAGAAUCCCCAGGGGGCAAGAAGGGAGCCAAGAAGCCUCCCGCGUCGAAGGCGAAGAGUGGUAAGAAGGGCGCCGCUCCAGAGGAAGACGCUGCCGAGGCCGAGCUAGCCACGCACCACGAAUGGGCCGAGCGCGCGCUGGCCGAGUUCCAGGUGGCCGCCCGUGAGGAGUCGUCCCGGGUCUCUGCCCGUCUGUCGCUGAUCCGCUCGCGGGCUGUGUCGGAGCUAGCGGCGCUGCGGCAGCGAGCCGUGGCCGCCUUCCACGGUAUGUGGUCGGCCAUUGAGGAGCGGUAUCGGCGCGAACUGCAGGCGGCCACCCACAUGGCCGACUACCUGCGCGGGCUGGUGGAGCAGGAGCAGCGCGCCCACUACCAGCUGCUGCUCGACCAGGACCGGUUCCUGGUGCGCACCGGCGUGCUGACCCACCUGCCCUGCCUGCCGGCCAGCCCGCCGCCCACCGAGGAGGCGCUGGUGCGCGACCGACUCAGCCUGCUGCAGGCGGCCGGCCUGUGGCGCCAGCACACCGCCGCGCCGUCCGGCAUCAUCACCACCCGCGCCUUCUGCUUCAUCCUGCAGGACCUGGUGGCGUGCGGCGUCGGAACCCAGGAGCUGCCCGCACUCUGGAUGUCGCUCUCGCAGGAGGAGAUCGAGAGCCUGUCGGCGCGGAUAGCGGCAGGAGCAGAGGUGAUGAGCUGGCGCGGCCUGCUGUACGACCUGCUGGAGCCGUGGAGUCGGCCCGACCAGUUCGAUCUCCACGAGGCACUGGCCAUCGCUCACGUGUUUGACCCACAGCGGAGUGGACGGAUCACACAGGAACAGGCGCUCACGGUGGUCCACUGGAUGAAGCCGCGUCUGGAGGAGCUGGACGAGGCCUAUAACCGGCCGUACCACACCAAACGGCUUUCUGGUGGACAUCAGCGGCGCGCCCAGCGACCGAGACGGUCGACUACCAGACGCUGCUCACCUGGCUCUGCCGCAGCGACGACCUCCUCAGAGCUUCCUCUGCGCGCUCACCGUGCUGGAAGAUAAGCCGAUUUUCAUAUCGAACCCGGAGGACGACGAGAAGUACUAUCCAAGGAAGAGGGUAGACCUCGCCCGAAUCCAGUCACUGCCCAUGCACAGAAUCGUAUCGUCUCCCCGGCCCGAUAAUCGCCCCAGGAAAGUGCGUCUGACCCAGAGCGCGCCUCUGCACGUGACGAAGGAUGCUGAUGAUGGGUGGCUGGAGGACACGCCGAAGGAGGUGGUACUCCAGGCCACGUGCUCCAACGCCUACCACCUGCAGGACGCCAUGGACAUGAGCCGACCGCCGUCUCAGAUGGUGGGCGACUCCCACGGCGACCACCUGGGCGACUCCCUGGAGCAGCUCCCCGUGGCCCCCAACUCCGCGGAGCGAGCGCCGCCGCCGGGCAGCACCUCCACUCAGCGCAGCUCCUCGGACCGGGAGGGCAGCCUGGUCAGCCUCCGGAGCGCCGCCAGCAGCUCUGGGGCGCACAGCCGCGGCGACACACACACCUCCGCGCCGGCCGUGGAGUCCGUAGACAGCGGUCGGGUCCCAGCUGCUCGACGAGCUGACCAUCAGCGUCCCCGCCGGCCACACUCUGGACUCGUGGACGGCUCUGGCGCCCUCCUGCUGCACUCACCCGCCCGAGGUGCCGCCCACCACACCCAGCUCGGACGGUCGAGCGGGCGAGACAGGCAACAGGAGCACCCUGAAUGCCAUCAGGACGGUGCUGGCCAGGACCAUGGUGCUGCCCAAGGAGCUGAUGCCCCAGGCUCUUCAGAGACUGGACCUGGACCUGGCUCUGGUGUACCGGGACCUGUACGGAGGCACCUGCGGCCGCGCCGUCGAGGCGCUGCGCCGCGACGAGCCGCUGCCGGUGCCCAUCCUGGCCGUGUUCCAGCACGACAUCACCCAGAGAUACCUGGCGCCCGGACAGUGCACCCUGCUGGCCGGCCGGCCCUGGCAGAUCAUCAAGGACAUCCGCAGCCCGCCGCCUCAGACCCCGCCGCCACCGGCCGUUACACAGGCCGCCUCGGUCACCGGCACCGGCACCUCACUGUCCUUCAAAGAGGCCGCCUAGCGCCAGCUGCCAUCGCGGGGCUGACCAAAGAUAUCAGUGCGGGUUAUGUCUACCCGGUACCUUGCGGGCAUCUGGCCCAGUGGCUAUUAAUUUUCAUGUCGUUUGUAUUGUAAACCCGAAUUGUUCGUUCAACGUUAAAGAAUACAAAUUAUUUUCAAUUA